UCUCUCUAUCCCACUCAGUUCCACACUUCCAUCUUCCAAAAAACAAAACAGAACAGAACCUCUUUCGGUUCUGAGCUUUAGAGUUUGCACUAUUAUUUACCUUUAAAAAUAAGAAAAUAAAAUAAACAAUUCUUUAUUGGUUUCUCGGGGGAUGGAGAACUCGUACGAGUCAGCAGCCAAGUGGUCUGAUUCCAACAGUCCAUAUAAUAUGCUCUCAUGUUCACUAUUACAAUCUGAUUCUGAUCUUAGCCGCUUUAAUCUCGGCUUCUCUUCUUCUUCCUCCUCCGGCAACUUCCCGGCGGAUGAGUUUGUCGGUGGGAUAGAGAAAGGUGAGUUACUCUCAAGAAGCCACCGUCUGGCUGAGAAGAGACGCCGUGAUCGGAUUAAUUCUCACCUCUCUGCUCUCCGGAAACUUGUCCCUAAUUCCGACAAGUUAGACAAAGCAGCCCUAUUAGCGACAGUAAUAGAACAAGUGAAAGAACUCAAACAAACAGCAACACAAUCUCCAACCUUCCAAGAUCUUCCAACAGAAGCAGAUGAAGUAACUGUUCAGCCUGAAACCAUCUCCAAUGAUUUUGAAUCAGACACCAUCAUCUUCAAAGCUUCUUUUUGCUGCGAAGAUCAACCAGAGGCAAUCCCGGAGAUCAUUAGGGUCCUCACAAAGUUUCAGCUCGAAACAUUACACGCUGAGAUUAUCUGCGUUGGAGGUAGAAUGAGAAUCAACUUCAUCUUAAGAGAUAGCAACUGCAAAGAGACAACAACAAACAGUGUUUCAUCCGCAAAAGCUUUGAAGCAAUCUCUGUGCGCUGCGUUAAACCGUAUUUCAUCUUCUUCUUCUUCAUCUACUUCUUCGGUUUGUAGGAUUAGAAGUAAAAGACAGAGAUGGUUCCUCUCUUCUCACUACUCACAGUGACAUUUUUCUUAAAGCCA